UGUAAACGGAAGUAAGCAAUAAACGUAAUUUCCGGUAGUUAGAAUCCGUCCUUCUCUGUGUACAAACCGCGGAUUUUUGAAAAUAACGUCUGCUGUCAUUGAGAAAAAUCAAAGGAAGCGUUACUUUCACCUUCUAUUACAACACCCAACUGUAAGGUCAUGGAGUCCAUCAAAGACACAAACAUGAUUGCCAGGUUCACCAGUGAGAUGGAAGAGAUCCACAAAGAGCGCCUGAAGAUUUACGCUGACAUAAUUAACACAACUACAGAGCUGUCGCAGUCCCACAGACAUUUUGUGAAGUCGGCCAUAGACACGUGUUUAAAGAAAUGUAAAGAUGAUGAGAAAAUGUUUGAGACAAUCCAGGAAUUCAGAAAAGAGCUGGAAAAUAAAAACAAGACUUUGAAGGAGAAACGCUGUGCCAUAUCUGAGGUGAUGUCUGAGGUUCAGGAGAAGGAGAUGGAGAAAGAGGACAUUAUCCAGAAAAUUCAGAAGCUUAAAGAAGAACAAACAAAGAGGAAAGAGUUAAUUGAGUCCCAAAACAAAGCAAACAAAGGCAGACUUAAGAAUCUGCAGAAAGCCAGGAUUGUGUUCCAGGAUCAUUUGGGGCUGGAGAUACGAACGGUCAUGGACAAAACACAGUUGGUUAAAGGCGAAAAGUUGCAGUUUGUUUUCCGAAACAUCAACCCUUCAGAUCAGGACAGCGCUUAUGUGAUCACAAUGGGGAUUAAAGAAAACGGAUCAUACCAGAUUGUGUCCAGUGACCCGGUGCUCGACUGUUUGCCUGUUUUGGAACUCCGGCUUCAGGAGACCAAUAAUCUACCAGCAUUCCUGGCAAAUGUCAGGAAGGAGUUUAUCUCCAAGGCACGGUCCUGAGACAGGACGCUGGGAAGUUUUCACUAUUUUAUGGACUGUGGGCAAAGAAUAUUACAUGAAUUGCAGGAAUUUGCCUUCUUUAAGGUCAUCAUUUUGAAUUCUUGUCUUUGCAUGUAUUUUGUUUUUGUCAGUGUUCGUUUUUUAAAUAAAGAACAUUUUCAGCCUUUUGCCAUUA